AUGCAUCCUCCCAAUUUUGAUGGAAGAAGUGAUCCAAAAGCAGUGGAGGAUUGGAUUCAAGACAUUGAAGAAAUAUUUAGGGCUUUGGAAUGUACCGAUCAACAGAAACUUUGGUUCAUAGCUUUUAAACUAACUGGAGAAGCGAAGAGAUGGUGGAAUUCUGAAAAAGCCAUCAGGGAAGCUGAGGGGACAAGAAUGAUUAAAGUGCCUCAAUUCAAAAUUAUCACACUUUGCACAUACCCGAUUCCUAAUGAGGAGAAGAAGGCCCAGAAGUUUGAGGAGGGUUUAAACCACAAGAUAUAUGAACGGGUGAUAGUCCAACAAAUUCAUAAUUUUUCGGAGUUAGUGCAUCAGGCAAUGUUGGUUGAGCAAAACCUCAAGAAAGGUGCUGAAUUGCAAGAAUAG